AUGGCAGAAUCAGCUCCAGCUCAAGCCGCUGCGCCGGCCAAAGCAGCAGCCAAGAAGAAGGUGGUGUCCAAGCCGAAGAAGGCUGGUCCCAGCGUGGCGGAGCUCAUCGUCAAAGCUGUGGCCGCUUCCAAGGAGCGGAGCGGCGUGUCUGCUGCCGCCGUCAAGAAGGCUCUGACCGCCGGAGGAUACGAUGUGGACAAGAACAAGUCCCGCGUCAAGACCGCCAUCAAGAACCUAGUGACCAAGGGGACGCUGGUCCAGACCAAGGGGACCGGGGCCUCCGGCUCCUUCAAGAUCAGCAAGCAGGAGAAAGUCGCUCCCGCUGCCAAGAAGCCCGCAGCGAAGAAACCCGCAGCUGCCAAGAAGCCCAAAGCAGCGGCAGCCAAGAAACCUGUAGCCGCAAAGAAGUCCCCGAAGAAGGCUAAGAAACCCGCAGCGGCCAAAAAGCCCGCAGCAGUGGCCAAGAAGCCCGCAGCAGUGGCGAAGAAACCCGCAGCAGUGGCCAAGAGCCCAAAGAAGGCCGCAAAGAGCCCCAAAAAGCCCUUGAAGAGCCCCACCAAGGUGGCGAGGAAGCCCCCCACAGCCAGGAAGACCCCCGUCAAGAAGGCUGUGAAGCCCAAAGCCAAGAAAGCAGCACCCAAGAAGAAGUGA